UUGGAAAGGCUGUCCUCCCUCCCUCCCCCGGGGUGAUGGAUAACCGAGCCGAAGAGCUCGCUGGCUCCCCGUGGGCUCCUCACAGCAGCCCUCGCUCCCGCGGCUCUGAGCACGCCGGGCGCGCACCUCUCCAGCUCUGGCAGCAGCCUUGCAAUCCUUGCCUGCUCCCCUGCCUUGCCCACCUGCCCGGGCUUCCAUCCAGCCACUCCAGACUUGUCUCCACUCCAGCUGCUGCCAGCCCAGGAGGAGACUCCCUGCAGCUGUUGGCUUCCCUGCCCAGGACCAUGUGUGUGGAUGCUGUUUGCGAGCAAAAGAAAUGGGGCACUUGCUCCUGGCACGGAUCCCAGCCGAGUUUCUCCUGUUGAUGCCUGGACCGCAGAUGACACUGACGUUGGAGGUCUUCCCUGGCACCCCUCCCUCUGCAAUCACCGGCUAAGGACCAGCCCCAAAGCAAGGCAGGUGUCAGGAUGGGCAGAGCUGCCAGAAGCCGACGCUGAGGCGCCAGGCGCCAAGAAGUUAGCCAGGAUGACCAACUCGUCCUCCACGUCCACCUCCUCCACCACGCCCGGGGGGUCGCUGCUGCUGCUCUGCGAGGAAGAGGAGGCGUGGGCGGGCCGGCGGAUCCCCGUGUCUCUCCUGUACUCGGGCUUGGCCAUCGGGGGCACGCUGGCCAACGGCAUGGUCAUCUAUCUCGUGUCGUCCUUCCGAAAGCUUCAGACCACAAGCAACGCCUUCAUCGUGAACGGCUGCGCGGCGGACCUGAGCGUGUGCGCCCUGUGGAUGCCCCAGGAGGCGGUGCUUGGGCUGCUGCCCUCGGCCGCUUCUUCGGCCGAGGAGCCCCCGGGGGACUGGGACGCGGCCGGGGCCAGUUACCGUUUGCUGCGGGGUGGGUUGUUGGGUCUCGGUCUCACCGUGUCCCUCCUGUCCCAUUGCCUGGUGGCCCUGAACCGUUACCUGCUCAUCACCAGGGCUCCGGCCACCUACCAGGUGCUGUACCAGCGGCGUCACACGGCCGGCAUGCUGGCGUUGUCUUGGGCCCUGGCACUGGGUCUGGUGUUGCUUCUGCCACCCUGGGCGCCGAGCCCCGGGGCCGAGCCCCCGCAGGUGCACUACCCGGCGCUGCUGGCCGCGGGCGCGCUGCUGGCGCAGACGGCGCUGCUGCUGCACUGCUACGUGGGCAUCGUGCGCCGGGUGCGCGUGAGCGUCAAGAGGGUCAGCGUGCUUAACUUCCACCUGCUGCACCAGCUGCCGGGCUGUGCGGCCGCCGCGGCUGCCUUCCCGGCCGCCCCGCACGCCCCGGGGCCCGGAGGGGCCACGGCGUCCUCGUCGUCCGCGGCGCACCCCGCGCAGCCCCUGCCGCCGGCCCUGCAGCCUCGCCGGGCGCAGCGGCGUCUCAGCGGCCUCUCGGUGCUGCUGCUGUGCUGCGUCUUCCUGCUGGCCACGCAGCCGCUCGUGUGGGUGAGCCUGGCCAGCGGCUUCUCGCUGCCCGUGCCCUGGGGCGUGCAGGCCGCCAGCUGGCUGCUGUGCUGCGCGCUCUCGGCGCUCAACCCGCUGCUCUACACGUGGAGGAACGAGGAGUUCCGUCGUUCCGUGCGCUCCGUCCUGCCCGGAGUCGGGGACGCGGCCGCGGCUGCGGCGGCGGCCACCGGCGUGGCUGCCAUGUCUCAGGCCCAGCUGGGUACCCGCGCCGCCGGCCAGCACUGGUAACCCGGGUUACGCACCUCUCCACCCAUCCCCACCCACGCACCCACCCACACCACGCACCCAGCUUCCCUCACUCCACCCACCCAGAGGAAGCGCAGAGGCUGGACUUCCCGUGCCCACACCCCUCCCCACUCCACCCUCAGCCUCUCCGGCCAUCAUCGCCUCCAUCCCUUGCCACCUCCCCCCGCCCCAACCACCCCGGGGAGGGGGUCCAUCUGCGCCCUCCAGGAAGAUGGACGGGGCACCUCCCAUCCUCAAGUACUUUGAACACCUGAACCGAGUUCUUCCCGUCCAUGGAAACCCAAGACGCGGCCAUCUGACUUUUUGUUGUUCUUGUUACCUCCUUGUUUCUGUUGUUUUAGAGAAAUCCCUCAAGUCAAGACACGCAGACUGCAAGAACUUGGAAACUGGAAUUUUCUUUUGAUAAAAUGCCAGUUCAUGGAUUUCGAUGGGAUUUGCUUUUGAAAAAAGAGCUUUCAUUUACCUAUGUAAACCCCUCCAAGCCCCACUGUCUCUUAUAUAUGGAGCGCCUUGAGUGGGCCAAAAGGAAAUAACAUUGAGGAGGGAAUUCCAUGUAGAACGUAUUUUGACAACGCUUCCUUCUGUGGUAUUUUAAGUCUUCGUAUAUGAAGAGGGGAAACGUAGGUGUGUACACGGCUGUGAGUUGCCAUUGAGACCUCAAGCCCUUUAUUCUUAAAAGGGUGUUUUCUUUCUUUUCUUUUUUUCUUCAAAAUCAAGUUAUUCUUGAACGAGAUAGAAUCUUAGCCAGUGAGGAAACAAACCAAACUUAUUAGUUUACACUCCUUUUCAUACACUUCUAAGAUCAGAAACUAGCCUUGAAUGUUAAAGUCGGAAAAAAAAAAAAUUUCCGGAUUGUCAAUGAAUGG